UCCAUCAUACCACUCUGCACUGUACGAAGAUCUCAGUGGCUAAAUACUCUCAAUAUGCUCAUUCCCCAUCCCAACAUACCCAAUUUCCCUUUUGUUAAAUGCAUAGUUAUUUUACAUAGUAAUUCGCCAUGGAAAAAGGACCACUUACAGAUGAAAAUGCAGAAGAAACUCAAGUUGAAAGCAUUGAUUUGGAGCAGGCAAAAAACCCAAAUUUUUCUGGGGUUCGAAAGAGGAAAUCAGGCAAGUAUGUUGCUGAAAAAUGGGACCCGAUUAAGAAAAUACGGGUAUGGUCGGGUACAUUUAACACUAUUGAAGAAGCUAAUGAGGCUUAUUUAGCGAAGCAACGUGAAUUUACUCAACUUAAUCAAGGUUGUAAUCAAUCUACUGAUUAUGCCCAACACAUGUUUGAUGCAAUGCCAAGCUCAAAUUUGACUAACCCGAUUAAGAAAAAAAGGGUUUGGUUGGGUACAUUUGACACUGCUGAAGAAGCUUCCGAGGCUUAUUUGGCGAAGCAAUGUGAAUUUGCUCAACUUGAAAAUCAUGGUUUUAGUCAAUCCACUGAUUAUGCACACCACAUGUUCGAUGAAAUGCCAAGCUCAAAUUUGACUAUAAAAAGUGGUGCUGCUAAAAGAAGCAAAACCCAUCAUGGCAAAAAGCCCUUUAACACUGUUGAAGAAGCUUCUGAGGCUUGUUUGGCGAAGCAAUGCGAAUUUGCUCAACUUAAUGAAGUCCCUGCUUCUGCCCAACGCAUGUUUGAUGAAAUGUCAAGCUCAAUGAUCAAAGCGCAAAGCUCAAAUUCAGCUGAAAGAAGCAAAGCUGGUCAUGGGAAAAAGCCCUUUAUUAAGGAGACAACUUUCAGUGCAAAGUUACUUGGAGCUGAAUGGCAAAAAAUUGGGAGAUUGAGAAAAGACCCUUUCAAGAAAAAGCAGGGCACAAAAUCAGCUGAUGGGUGUAAUACUGUAAUGAGAAAUCCUAAAGCCAAGAGGAGAAGCUUACUUGGAAUCCGAAGGCAAAAGAACGGGAAAUAUGGUGCUGUAAUUAGAGACCCAAUUAGGCAUAAGCGAGUAUGGUUGGGCACCUUUAACACUGCUGAACAGGCUUCCAAGGCUUAUUUGGCGAAGCAACGUGAAUUUGCUCAACUAGUUACAGCUAAUCAGGCCUGUAAUCAAUCCCCCAGCUCAAAUUCGACUAAAAAAAGUGGUGCUCCUAAAAGAUGCAAAGCUGAUUAUGGAAAAAUGCCCUUUAUUAGGGAGAUAUCUUCCUGUGACAAAAGACCCUUACUUGGUGUUGAAUCGCAAGUCAUGGGGAUAUUGAAAAAAGACCAUUUCAAGAAAAAGCAGGUAUGCUCGGGUACUCUUGAAUCUGUUAAAGAGGUAUCCAAAGGCAUUAUUAACUCAAACAUGCAUGGAUCUGAGAAAUUAGUAAAGGUAAAUCAAGGGAAAGAACCCAUAAUUUGUGUAGAAUCUUCUAAAGAAACCUCAUGUUUAAUGUCUAAAUCAUCUGAUGAUGGGCGUAAUAAUGUAACAUUAAAUCCUAAAUCCAAGUCAGGCUUACGUGGAAUCCGAAUGCAAAAGAAUGGGAAAUAUGGUGCUGAAAUUAGAGACCCAAUUAGGCAUAAGCAAGUUUGGUUGGGCACUUUUGACACUGUUGAAGAGGCUGAACGAGCUUAUUUGUCCAAGAAGUCUGAAUUUCAUAUGUCAUGCCAGAGAAAUAAGGAGAAUAAACCAAAGCAUUGUGAUCAAACCUUACAUGCUGCUAGUGUGGAUAGAAAUAAAAAAAUGGAUUCUCCCAAAACAACAUGUAUCGUUGGGGUUAACAAGAACAAGUGGGGGAAGUAUACAUCUGAGAUUAUAAACCCCAUUAGUAUGAAAAAGAUUUGGUUGGGGACUUUUGGCACGUAUGAAGAGGCUUCUCAGGCUUAUCAAUCUAAGAAGCUCGAGUUUCAGAAACUAGUCAAGCCAAAGAAGAAGUGUAAUAAGAAAAUUCAUGAGAAGCAAGUUGGGAAAGAGAAAUUAGUCAAUGUCAAUCAAGGCCAUGUAAAUUGUGAAGCAUUUCAGCCCAAAUCAACUGCUGAAGAAACUUUCCAAGCUAAUCAGUAUAUGAAAUUUGGCGUUGAGAGAUCAAAGGAGGCCGAUUUGCAAAGCAAUAUGCCAAAUGAGGAUGCAGAUCUGUGGACGGGACAAUGGGUGCAACUUCCAGGUGGCAAAGAAGUCAACUUUUCACUGAAACUGGGCUUACCAAUCAUUGAUAACUAUGGAUGUCUUUUAGGUGAGUUCAGCAGUUUGGACGAUCUCCGUAUAUAUCAAACGGAGGAUGACAAUGAAUAGUUUGAAAGUUUGUAAAAUGCAAGAAGAUUUUUUGGGUAGGACUCUGUAGAUAGUAGUAAUAUGUAAGCUUCUUGCAACUUUUGGUCUUAGUCAACAUGAUAAUGACAAAUGAUAUAUGUGCAUAUUCCUCUCCAUCAAAAUGAUAUAUGCACAUAUUAGUAAAACUAGUCAGUUGCCCUGA